AUGGAGGGAAAUAGGGACAAUGAACAAAGGGAUAUGCGUACGUUGGCAGAUUUUGCAUCAGUGUCUGCACCUGCAUCUUUUAACAAUAUAGCCAAACCUGUGGUGAUUGCAGCUAACAUGGAAAUGAGGCCAUCAUUAAUUCACCUUGUUCAAAGUAACCCAUUUUCAGGACUGUCACACGAAAAUCCCUAUGAUCAUCUGACAACAUUCAAUCAAUAUUGCAAUACUGUGAAGAUGUUAAAUGUGUCAGAUGAGGCAAUCAGACUUAGUUUGUUCCCCUUCUCUCUGGCUGGAGAGGCAAAUAAAUGGUUAAAUUCAUUUCCAGAGGAAAGUCUGACAGAUUGGGAUGACGUGGUGGCAAAGUUUUUACAAAAAUAUUUCCCUCAAUCAAAAAUAAAUAAAGGCAAGCAGGAGAUAUCAUCCUUCCAACAGGAACCUGAUGAGACUUUGGGCAAGACAUGGGACAGAUUCAAGGGGUUGCUUAGAAAGACUCUCGUUCAUGGGUUUGACGUUCCCACUCAAUUAAACCUCUUUUUGGGAGGGAACAUUAGGUUGAAAACACCUGAUGAAGCUCAUCGGAUUAUUGAAAAUAUGGCAUCUAGUGACAAUGACGUUACCAGUGAGAGAGGGCAAAACCAGAAGAGGGGAAUGUUUGAGAUGCAAUCCCAAGAUGCCUUACUCGCCCAAAACAAAAUCAUUACUCAACAGCUUGAGUCUCUGAUGAAAAAAGUUUCACAAAUGCAACCCCAAAAUGUAUCACAGGCCCAACAUACUGUGCAAGGUUGUGAACUGUGUGGUGGAGAGCACCAAAAUGGAGAGUGUGCUAUUCUAACCAAUGCAAAGGAAGAGGUAAAUUAUAUGGGAAAUCAAGGCCGUCANGGAAAUUAUGGAAAUUAUAAUCAAGGAUGGAGACCUCAUCCUAGCAUGGGUCANGCUAGUUCCAGUAGACCACCACCUCCACAGUUUCAUCAACCAUCCACUGAUAGGAUCUCAAAACUGGAAGAAACUCUUCAACAGUUUAUGCAGAUGACCUUAUCAACCCAAAAGAGCACAGAUGCUUCUAUAAAGAAUUUAGAAUUUCAAAUGGGUCAAAUGGCAAAGAGAUUAGAAGAUAAGCCUGUGAAUACGUUUGGAGCUAACACUGAACCAAAUCCAAAAGAGCAUUGCAAAGCUAUCACUACAAGGAGUGGUAAAGUGUUAGAAAGCGCAAUUGUGAAGAAGGAUGAUAUAAAGGAAAAAUUAAAUGAUGAUCAGGAAGAACAGGAGGAAGAGAGCGAUAAGGAAAGUCAAUUUUCAAAAUUUAUGGCUCUCUUCAACAAGCUGAAAAUCACAAUUCCCUUUUCAGAAGCACUUCAACAGAUGCCCUCAUAUGCUAGAUUCAUGAAAGAUCUGUUGACCAAAAAAAGAAAGUAUAUUGAGGAAGAAACAAUUGAGGUGCAAGGGAAUUGUAGUGCCAUCAUCCAAAAACUUCUACCACCUAAAUUCAAAGACCCUGGAAGUUUUACUAUUCCAUGUGCAAUUGGAAAGCUCCCCAUUGGAAAAGCAUUGAUAGACUUAGGGGCAAGCAUUAAUUUAAUGCCCUUGUCUAUGUUAAAGAAGAUAGGGACAUGGAAGUAA